GAGAAUUUGUAUUGUUUUAUAUAUAUUUUAUUAUUUUGUUGUUUCCCUUCAACGUGACUUUACCGAAAGAACUAAGAAUAUGGUCAUACUGUGUUUAAUACAGAUGCGUAAUGAAACUCUUCUUAUCUGCAAACAUUGUAUCGACAAAUUAUGUUAUUUGUGGAUCCAAAUCCAUCAUUGGUUGAUGUAUCCCAUUGUCCGAAAUUUCCCACAAAUAACAGAAUGAGGAGAAUGAUGAGGAUGACAAUGACAGUCAUCGUGCUGAUGCCAUCUUCUUUGGUUCUUUCGGUAAAGUCACGUAGAAAGAACCAAAGAAGAUGAAUCCUUGCAGUCGCGAAAGCUUCAAAUCGAAAUGCUGAUGUCACUUACGAUUAUUGUGAUUAUUAUAAUGCUGUUGUUGCUACCGCUGAUAAUAAUUUUUGUUUUUAAGAAAAACUAAUGUGUCAAAACAUUUUUGGAGAGUUCUGCAUCAGAAUAUUAGGCAGGUCGAAUUUUUAUUAUUGUUUUGCAUGCAAAAGGAAACUGGAAUUCCCACAGAGUGCAAUAACAGGAAUUCUAGCACAAUGAAAUCACGCUAAAAUGUCUGCAUAUAUGGGUUUACAUGCACACUUAAUGAAUUCCCAAUUCCUCACUCGUGGUUUUGGAAGUUUCACAAAUCUGCAUCAUCCACACACUCACCUCCAGUGCAGCUUGUGUGUGACUCGCGUGGACAUUUGCCCUAUGGGUGGAUGACACUAGCGAUGGAAUGGCAUCGAAAGAAGAGAAUGUGUCGGAGAGGACAACCACAACAAGUUUAGAUCAACUAAUGUUCAAGACUAAAAUUGAUUAUCCCCGGAUCAUGAGAGAUGGGGAUUGCAUGUGGGGGUCUUUAUAUAGCAAUGGAUAGAGAGUGGCUAAUGAUGAUGAAGAUGACGAAACAUUUGCUGUAAAGGCUGAAGCCUACUCAUUUUUUCAUCAUGAUUAUGAAGAGAUUAAUAAUAAUGCAUAUCAAUAAAUCUUCAUUUGAUGUGCCAAUAUCGCCCUUCAGUAAAGUAGGCAUCAGUGCACAUUACAGCGGAACGGGAACGGUACAGGGGCAUAGAGCAGGAGGAAUGAAAAAAGAAUCCCGUCCUGACCGCACCGGCUAACAAUGACUGAGCAAAGUUAAUUGCAACCGCGCGCAAAAAUAAAGUGCAAUCGUGCACAACGAAUAGCAUAUGAUAAUGAUAACAUGAAGGUGAUAAUUACGAUGUUUAGCUGCUGCUGUUGGCACGUUUCCGCCGAUGCCGUCACAGCAGCAAGGUGCAGCAGAGAACACAAAUACACCACACCUCUUCCGCAUCUUCCUAUCGUUUUAUUGUGUGAAGAGGAAGUACCUGGAAUUGCCUGCCAGCGAGCGAGAAAUUCUUCCUAUUCUCGGAAAAUUAUCAAUAAAGAGGCGUCCUGUGGCAGGUUCAUCUGUUCUGUGAUGGUUUGAGGGUGAAAUGUCAUUCUGCAGAUGAAGCUGUUGCUGCUGUCUGACUCGGCCCGAUCACACAUGCUAAAUACUUAUAUUUGCUAUUUACUUUUAGUGGAUACAAUUAUUUUAUUUUCUCAGAUAACAGGAUGAGAAAUCAUCUUGUCCACAAGGUGUUUUUUUUCAUCUGUAAGCAGCACACCCGCUCUUUAUGCAUAAGGAAUUUCAGUGUAACCUAAAGGGUAUGUUAAUGUGUAAGCUAUAGUCGUUAAGGCUAUAUGGGGGAUCUUUGUCUUUGUUGUUUUAAUUUAUUUGAUGUGCACAAACUAAUAUACUUAUCACAACUCUUGGAGAACGCUAACCGUUACUAAUACCUGUUGAUUUUACGGAAUUAUAUUUUGCAACUAUAUGCAGUAACUAUAUUAGAAGCGGUACAUCAGUUUCUUGACAUUUCAUUGUCAUCAGUGUGUGUGUACAUUUUUGUUAUAAUUUAAUGCUACCAAUAAUAUGAACACCAGGCCAGUGUUGUAGAUGAAAAGCUAUUGAAUUGCUGUGGCUCGGUAAUUACUGUCCAGCUUACUACAUAGUAGACUAUCGAGGUAUAUUAUAUUUAAUUUAGCUCGGCAAACAAAACAUUUACUUCACAGCAAACCCACACAAUGAAGCAACGUAACAUGUUUUGGCGUAUAAAGCACAGCGUACAGAUUCUAAUUUAAGAUUUUGUUGAAAAAGGGAAUUAUUGAUUAAGCUCCAUGAUAUGCCUUUCACACGCUUAUUUUGGAAAUAAAAUUGAAAGAAAUCUAGGACUUGUUUUAAUAAUGACUUGUUAUCUUUGUGUUGAUUGUGGAUGUUGCAUGCAUUCAGAUAACCCCCCCCCCCCGCGCGCGAACAGAAAUCUGCACGCAUUUUGUACAAUCAAAAGUCUAUUUUUUAGUUCUACAGUUUAUUUCUGUUACACUUUAAAUCGAUGUUCACAUAUAACAAUGAGUUCAGUGUGUUGGAGUCCACUCUUAUAUCAAAUAUAUGAUAUAUAAAAUGAUUUUAAUCUCCAGAGCCUGCAUUUUACUUUAAAACGAUGCAGAGCACACUAUUGUAUCGAGUAUUAUGCACUGCUCUGUGAAAUGCUUAGUUGGGCAUCUUAUACAAUAACAUACAAUUACACUCAUUCGGGAGUGAAUGGUUCAAUUAUAAUUUGAUGUAAACACUAAUAUAAUCGCACGGAAGUAUACUCUAUGAAGAUGGAUGUUUUAAAAGCUAUGAAAGCAAUUACUGAAUCUUCUUGCAUGCUACUCGAUAGGGUCUUCGGAUAUUUUAAGUUAGCAAAUUGCUACGUCAUUGACCUUAUAAUUGACAUGUUAAUUUAAAAAGAACACAGCGCUACAAGCUCCCUGUAUGUUUUAGUAUUGGCCUGUUAUAUUCGGUUUUAACUUGUGCUUGCAUGUAUUUUUGUUCGUGGUAUGGGCUGUGAAUAUGAUAUAUAGUGACAUAUUUGCAACAAUUAAAGCCCUUGGGUGGUUGGGGGUUGCGAUUGUAGAUGCUGUCUGGAUACAUGCAAGCCAUAUAGUGUAACUUCAUUGGAUAACACUGUGCAUAAUUACAUACAAUGGGUUGGUUUUUAGUUUGUAACAAAUCGCUGCUCAGUGCUGGCCCCUAUUCUGGCCUCGAGAACCAUGCAGGAGCAGCCGCACUCGAUCUGGCGUGCCCUCUGCUUCUGUCCCAAAAUGCACAACGACCGAGAUGAAAGGGAACCCAUCAUGUGGUCCCAGGCGGCCGUGUUCUACGACCGUACGAUGGACAAAUCUUUUGAGCAGACGGAGAAUCUGAGCAGCUGCUCGAGCGCCGCGUCUGGCUCGUCGGAGACGCUGCCUCUGCUCGGCGACGGAGAGGACGACGCCACGGCGGCUUCUGACGGAGCGCUCCUCGAGAACACGAGCCUCGACCUUGCGUGGCAGAUGCUUCAAUAUGGAAAAGAGCCAGACGACGAGACUCACAAAGAAGUUCAGUGGCGAUGGAAGAUGAUUCUGUCCAAAUUAGGGUUUGAGGGCGAGACGACCGUGCUGCUCACGGUGACGCCACGAGGAAGCAUGAGCGAUGGACCAAAUGCAGAGAGGGCCCUGAACAUGUUGACCCAUUUGUCUGUGCGCACGGCUAUUUUCCACCCGCUCGAUGUGCCCCCGGUGCGCUACCUUGUGGUGCUGGAUCGCCUGCUGUUGUUGGAUGUCGCGGAAGAGUUUGUGGCCGAGGCAGAGCGUCUGUAUCCUGUGGAAGAGUGGGGGGAUCUCCAUAACAUGAGCCUGUCGUGCUCUCCUCGGUCGACGGUAGGAGCACGGACAUCUUAGUUCGCCACUUUAAAAACUGAAGCCCACUUGUCCGUCAAUGCUCUGGACAAAACCGUACAUUACUUUUCGCUGUAGCGUGUCUUCGUAGAAACUGAAUGCAUUUCUGCAACAUUUGUACAACUAUUUUACACAUCUUGAGCAAUGUCCAUUCCAAGCAGUUGGUAUUUUUGUAUUUGUUUUGAUCGUAUUUAAACGUGAACCUGGCACAGAGCACAACCGUGACGUGGGGAAGGGGCACAGAAACUCCAAACUCUAUGGUCCUGGGUUUAGAGGGAAGGGAGGGAGAAAUUCGGGGUCACUGCCCUAGCAAGGUGGGGUCCGCGAGUGGGAGCAUGUAGUGUUCUUUUUUUUAUUACACUGGGUAAUUUUACAAAUGUGGCACCGUUGGUUAUCAUUAAGCAGCGUUUCUGAAUGAUACCACAAAGUCUUAAAUGACCACCUCCCAACGGAGUUUAGGAAUGCAGUAAACGCAUUAUUGGUAUUGUAAGGUGAUGGAAUUCACUUAAGAGUUGUCCUUUUGCAAAGUGGCUAAGUGGGAAGCAUGUUGAUCGCUACUCAGAAUGUGUGGUUUUUUUCUAGGGUGCCCUCGUUUCAACUACUACAUAAGCACUCAACUGGCUAAGCACAUCUUAAUAUGCAGAUGAUGGUAGAGCAUGGGAAAUUGUUGGCGUCAGCUGUAAUUCCUCAGCGUUGUGAGAUACACUUUGAAUGAACGACGCUAUAUAAAAUUAAACAUUGUUUACUUUGAUUAAUUAGGCACAACCAGCAAAGAUAUCUAAAUAAAAUACAAUAUAUACUAUACAGUGUGUUCACAAAUGGGGCUCAUUACUUUUGCUUUCCAUGCGGAAUAUUAUUUGGGUAAUAAUAGUUAUGAACCCUAUUUUUAGGGUCAGGAAUUAAAUCAAGCGGUGGUAUGAUGUUUGGCUUGAUAAUAAAGCAUCCACAGAGCAUAUGUAGUAAUGUGUACACACAAAGGUACGGCAUGCAUUUGUAGAGGAGUAGAAUGGGGAAGUGGCGACACGUGUGCUGUCUAGUGCGAUGACGUGACGUCAUGCGCUCGGGGCAGCAGAAUGACGUCACGGCUCCUCAAGGCUAAAGGGGGGGGGGACCCCGUGACGUCAGCGGGGUCGUAGCUGGAGA